AUGGCCAACGUCACAUACGACAUCAUGUGGCGGGAGGCUAUCAUGGAGCUGCUGGACCAGCUGGAGGCGGAGAGCCCAGAGGACGCGUCGCUCGCGCCCAAGGCGCAGUGGGCGGUGAUCUACAUCCACUACCUCCAGAUCUUCCGCCGACUGGAGGUGGCGUACGACCAAGUCGUGCACCCGCAGAAGCGCCAGGACAUUAGGCGCGCCCUCGAGGCCUGCAUGGGGCGGAUGCUGGAGGUCCGGCACUGGAUGGUGAAGCUGAACCGCGGGCUGGAUUUUGUGUCGCUGGAUGACGUCCUGGUGGACAUGAAGCUGGCGCCUGAUGCGCUGGAGGUGCCUGUUCCGCGGUAUUUCGUGGAGGACAGGGCCAAGGAGCUGGAAGACAGGGACAAGUUCUUGAGUGCCCUCCUGGAUAAAUAUGAUCUGGAUGGCAGCAAGAAUGGUGGCGGCAGCACUCUGGCCCCGGCGCCGGCGCCAGCUGGCACGGAGAGCGCAGCGGCACCGCCGUCCGAGGCCGGCGGCGGCGCGGCUCCGCGGCCGCAGCCGCCGCCGCGGCGGCCGCUCGACCCCGGGCCGGCGCUGCCGCUGGCAGAGGCAGCUGCGGCGAUUGCACGCGCGGAGCGCGGCCGGCAGGCGCGCGCGCGCGCGGAGGCGGCGGCCGCUCGACGGCGGCGGCAGUCGCUUGAGGAUCGGCGGGGGCGCACGGGGGUUGCGCUGGGCCGGGACGAGGCGGCCACUCGCAUACAGAGCGCGGCGCGCGGCUUCAUGUGUCGCGUCCGCGUGCGCCGGGCGGCGCAGCAGGAGCUGCAAUUUGUCGGGAUGCUGCCGCACCCCCCAGACCCCGCGAGCGACCCCCAAGCCAAGGAGGCCUCCACCCUGGUGGCGCGCAAGCGGCUGCAGCUGGAGCACCUGGCGGCGUUUGACGACGCGGUGGUGGCGCUCAAGGGGAAAGUGCGGGAGGCGGAGGGGCAGGACAUGCGGGAGGCUAUACAGGACAAGAUCAACGCCUGGUUCAUUCAGAAUUGCAACCCAGAGACGGGCGCCUACCCAGACUUUCCGGACGCUGACGCCGGCGGCUCAAAGCUCAUUUUGGACCCGCCGCCGCCGACGGUGGAAUCGCUAAUCGCCGAGAGCGCGGCUGCGGCCGCCGCGGGCGCGGGCGCCGGCAAGAAGGGCGGCGCGGCGGCGGCGGCGGGGAAGAGGGGGGGCGCGGACGCGAAGAAGGGGGGCGACAAGAAGGGGGCGGGCGGCGGCAAGGACGGCGGGGACGCGGGCCCCGUGGUGGAGGAGACCAUUGGCAGCGCGUUCAUCCCGCUGCUGGAGGCGGCCGUCGCUGAGUACGUGGCAAAGUGGCAGGACCGCGACGAGGGCUCCAACCUGUCCCAGGCCCACGACCCCGAGCUGGUCAAGGAGGAGCUGCGCCCCCUGGUGUUUGACGAGGUCCGGCAGCAGGUGAGGGAGAGCCAGACUCGCUGA